UCCGGGACCAUGAGCGACCUCGGCGACCUCGAGGCCUCCUCAGAAUUCAACCACACCAACGGGAGCGCUCCAUCUGACUGCGGGCGCAUCAACAAGCCGGCCCGCGUCUUCUUCCUGCUGGUCUACACGCUAGUGUUCUUGGCGGGCCUGCUCCUCAACGGCUUCACACUGAAGGUCUACUACUGCCGGACUGGGAGGCAGCAGCGGGGGUCGGACAUCGUAACGGUCUACCUAAAGAACCUGGCGGCAGCCGACUUCCUGGUCAGUCUUUGCCUGCCUGUCCGGAUCGCCAACUAUGCCGCCGGCUCUGUUUCUGUCCGCUGGGUCUACUGCACCUUUGGUGCCUCUGCCUUCUACCUGAACAUGUACGCCAGCAUCCUGUUCAUGGGCUACAUUGCGGCCAACAGGUACCUGAAGAUCGUCCAUCCAACAGGAAGCCACUUCCUGCAGACGGUGCGCGCCGCCCACUCCGUCGCCGUGGCGACCUGGCUCCUCCUCCUGGCCCCAGUGGGGGUCUACGUCGUCCUGGCGCUGCUCACCGAGGAGCAACCAGCCUCCCCCCCGGCUUCUCCGAUCUGCGACAUGCUGCACGGCGUGGCGCUCCGCCUGCUCUACAAGGUGGUCCACAGCUUCUCUGCCGCCCUCUUCCUUCUGGUCCUCGUCUCGCUGGUUUUCUUCUACUGCGGCGUCUCCCGCAGGCUGGCGGCUUCGCAGCAGAGGCAGCCGGCCUCUUCUGGCUCCAAGAAGCUGGCCAAGUCCCGCCGGAACUUGUUGGUGCUGGUCGGCGUCUUCUGCUUCUGCUUCGUUCCGUACCACCUGGUGCGCCUUCCCUACGCCUUCCUGGGGGGACGGUGCUGUUGUAGUAGCCAGGUCUUCUUCUACCUGAAGGAGCUGACUGUCAUGGUGUCCAUCCUCAGCGUCUGCCUGGACCCCCUCAUCUACUUCCUCUUCUGCAAGGCCUUCCGAGCUCAACUCAGCCCGGGGCGGCGGCCCAGCUCCACGCAGGGAGCCACCGGCGAGAGAAGGAGCAGUGACCCGCGGGUCAACGGGGGGCGGCGGUCCUCGCUCGCCACCUCCACAAAGCACAUGAGCGUACUUUAGGUGGAUGAACUCUGUGCCGAGAAGAGUUCGGGCUUCAAAAAGAAAAAGGAAAUUUACAUUUACAUUUGUUUAAUUAAUGGCUAAAAUAUUGAUGAAAUGUCUCACUAGCCUUUGAAGCCUCAAGUUCUUUUUUGGCAGCUAAAAUACAAAUGAAAUAAGGACUAAGGUCAUAAAGUCACUUUAUCAUAGAGUUCUAUAGGACCAGAGAAUGCACCUUUAACUAUUGGAGAACCAGAGGUUACCUCUUGUUUAUGGAUUGUUGCGAUUCAGAUAUUCAGGUUUAAAGACUUUUAUUGCGAUAUUCAGAGGGGAGGUAGAACUGUAGAGUUCCCACCAUGCAGCUGGGCUCUUCAUACCAUUGAGUACCACGUAGUUCUGCUAUCUGGUUUCUGCAUCUUGCUGCUGAUUGCGGUCUGCUCACAGAAACGGCUCCAUAUUUAUAUCAGUAGCCUGAAACAGGAAGUUACCUUUUUAGUAGCCUGAAACUCAAAGAAACGGCCUGUUUUAGGCUGCGGAUGAGAAGUCCUCAAUGAUUAUGUUGUCAGGUUCUCAUCUCCAUCCAGGUCUACUGCUGCAUGUCAAACAUAAAGAGAAGCCACUAGCUGAGGACACACACGCACGCACGCACGCACGCACGGCGCACGCAUUAAUAUUACAUUUACAGGCAAUGACAACAACGUGUAAAUUCUAAAUUCGCUAACUUGUUGAUGGCUGUGAUGCUGUUCAGGGAUCUUUAAUUUGAGGGAGUUACUUGGGUAAUAAAUACCAACUGUAUAAUCUGUGAUACCCAAAUUAUGACAGAAAAUGUUAUUAAAUUGUUCUAAUAAAUUCUGAUGUA